UCCUGGGGACCCUCUCAGCCGCUGGGUUCUGAUUGUUCUUUAUUUCUCAGAUCGUCUCCUUCUCUUCCAUUUCCUCUAGCGUCCGUAUCCAGGCGCUGUAAGCCUGUAAAGGAUCGGGGUAAACAAAGAUAUUAAGUGCGGUAAAAAAAGAUGGGGUUGUCGUUUGCGAAGCUCUUCAGUCGGCUAUUUGCCAAAAAAGAGAUGCGAAUUCUUAUGGUGGGUCUUGACGCUGCAGGUAAGACCACCAUUUUGUACAAACUUAAGCUGGGAGAGAUUGUGACUACUAUUCCCACAAUUGGUUUUAAUGUAGAGACUGUGGAGUAUAAGAACAUAAGCUUCACUGUGUGGGAUGUUGGGGGUCAAGACAAGAUCCGUCCCUUGUGGAGACAUUACUUUCAAAACACUCAGGGGCUCAUAUUCGUGGUUGACAGUAAUGAUCGCGACCGUGUAGUUGAAGCUAGGGAUGAACUGCACCGUAUGCUAAACGAGGAUGAAUUGAGGGAUGCUGUAUUGCUUGUUUUUGCGAACAAGCAAGAUCUUCCAAAUGCUAUGAAUGCUGCAGAGAUCACUGAUAAGCUUGGUCUUCACUCCCUUAGACAGCGCCACUGGUAUAUCCAGAGUACUUGUGCCACAUCUGGUGAAGGGCUUUAUGAGGGACUUGAGUGGCUCUCCAACAACAUUGCUAACAAGGCAUAAAGGUCAUGAACAAUAGGAGUUUUCCUUCAAAUUUUAGCGAGCAGUCUUUCUUAGUACAAAAGUUUCCCAGUGAUAUCGAGGUUGUCAUUAAUUUUCAUGUCAGUGAGAAAGCAUUUGUUAGAUAUUGUCAUACAGAAAUCUGACAUUUAUAUAUGGGUUUGUAGAUUUGCAAUAAUUCUUGAUUAACAUUUGUAUGAGAUAUGAUUGUCCUUAACUCCGCCGUAUUAUCUUUGUUUGUAAAUCUAAAUAUGUUUUGCUCCCAUUUAUGGAUACAGAAAA